UUGAGAAAAGCCAAACUCUUGUGUGUGUGCGUCUCGAAUAGCCCCCAAGAUGGCCGCCAAUGUGGGAUCGAUGUUUCAAUAUUGGAAGCGAUUUGAUCUACGGCGACUCCAGAAGGAGCUUAAUUCCGUCGCUUCUGAGCUGUCUGCACGGCAGGAGGAGAGUGAACAUUCUCAUAAACAUUUAAUUGAACUCCGCCGGGAAUUUAAGAAAAAUGUACCUGAGGAAAUCAGAGAGAUGGUGGCACCUGUAUUAAAAAGCUUCCAAGCUGAGGUGGUGGCCCUUAGUAAAAGAAGUCAGGAAGCUGAGGCUGCUUUCUUGAGUGUUUACAAGCAAUUAAUUGAAGCACCAGACCCUGUCCCUGUAUUUGAGGCGACGCGCAGCCUAGACGACAGACUGCAGCCCCCCAGCUUCAACCCCAGCGGGCAGCCGCGGCGAGAUCUUCACGCUUCGUGGAAGAGACACCCCGAGCUUCUCAGCCCUAAAGAGCAGAGAGAGGGGACAUCUCCAGCCGGGCCCACGCUGACCGAGGGGAGCCGCCUCCCGGGCAUUCCCAGCAAAGCCCUCCUAACAGAAACUUUGCUGCAGAGAAAUGAGACUGAGAAACAAAAGGGCCUUCAAGAAGUACAAAUCACUUUGGCAGCCAGACUGGGGGAGGCAGAGGAAAAGAUCAAGGUCCUACAUUCAGCGUUGAAGGCCACGCAGACAGAGCUGCUGGAGCUGCGGCGGAAAUACGAUGAGGAGGCGGCGUCCAAGGCAGAUGAAGUUGGCCUAAUCAUGACCAACCUGGAGAAAGCUAAUCAGAGAGCUGAGGCUGCCCAGCGGGAGGUGGAAAGUCUUCGGGAACAACUCGCUUCUGUGAACAGCUCCAUCCGCCUGGCUUGCUGCUCCCCUCAGGGCCCCGGUGGGGAUAAGGUGAACUUCGCGCUUUGCUCCGGCCCUCGGCUUGAGGCCGCCCUGGCCUCCAAGGAUCGGGAGAUCCUGCGGCUGCUGAAGGAUGUGCAGCACCUCCAGAACUCUCUGCAGGAGCUGGAGGAGGCCUCCGCCAACCAGAUCGCCGACCUGGAGCGGCAGCUCACAGCCAAGUCUGAGGCCAUCGAGAAGCUGGAAGAGAAGCUCCAGGCACAGUCUGACUAUGAAGAAAUUAAAACAGAGCUGAGCAUCCUCAAAGCCAUGAAGCUGGCCUCCAGCACGUGCAGCCUCCCUCAGAGCCUGGCCAAGCCCGAGGACUCGCUGCUCAUGGUGAAGGAGGCCUUCUUCCCUGCGCAGAAGUUCCUGCUGGAAAAGCCCUGCCUCUUGGCCAGCCCUGAGGAGGACCCUUCGGAGGACGAUUCCAUCAAGGACUCUCUGGGCACGGAGCAGCCUUACCCAUCUCCUUCACAGCUCCCACCACCGCCAGGGCCAGAAGACCCCCUGUCCCCAGGCCCUGGGCAGCCCCUGCGGGGCCCUAGCCUGGGCCCUGAUGGCCCUCGGACUUUCUCGCUGUCCCCCUUCCCCAGCCUGGCUUCCGGGGAGAGACUGGCAGGGGACGCGCUGCUGUCUAAGCACAUGAUGCCUCCGUCUGCCUUCAAGGGCGAGGCCGGCAGCCUGCUGGUGUUUCCCCCAGCCUUCUACGGCACCAAGCCCCCCACCGCCCCUGCCACCCCGGCCCCCGGCCCUGAGCCGCCUGGGGGCCUCGAGACAGCUGAUGGUGGUGGGGGCAGCACGGCCGGGGCAGGGGCCGGAGCCGAGGAGGAGCAGCUGGACACGGCGGAGAUCGCGUUCCAGGUGAAGGAGCAGCUGCUCAAACACAACAUCGGGCAGCGAGUGUUUGGCCACUACGUACUGGGGCUGUCGCAGGGCUCGGUCAGCGAGAUCCUGGCCCGGCCCAAGCCCUGGCGCAAGCUCACAGUGAAAGGGAAGGAGCCUUUUAUCAAGAUGAAGCAGUUCCUGUCGGACGAGCAGAACGUCCUGGCUCUGAGGACCAUCCAGGUGCGGCAGCGAGGCAGUAUUACCCCAAGAAUCCGCACACCAGAGACGGGCUCAGACGACGCCAUCAAGAGCAUCCUAGAGCAGGCCAAGAAGGAGAUUGAGUCACAGAAGGGCGGUGAGCCCAAGACCUCAACAGCCCCAUUGAGCGUCACCAAUGGUACAGCCUCUGCCAGUACCUCAGAAGAUGCCAUCAAGAACAUUCUGGAACAGGCACGCCGGGAAAUGCAAGCACAGCAGCAGGCCCUACUGGACAUGGAGGCAGCCCCCCGGGGCCGCUCCGUGCCUCCUUCGCCCCCAGAGCGGCCCUCGCUGGUGGCCAUGAGCCAGAACGGGGCCCCAACCUAUGUCAAGCAGGAGGACAGCAGUGUUGGCGUUGGCGGUGGCGGUGGCAGCGGGGGGACCAGCAGUAGUGCCACACAGACAUCCCUCACUGUGCUAUCUCCCGCCGCCUUUGUGCAGAGCAUCAUCCGGAAGGUCAAGUCAGAGAUCGGCGACGCUGGCUACUUUGAUCAGCACUGGGCCUCAGACCGAGGCCUGCUCAGCUGCCCCUACACCUCCGUCUCGCCCUCACUCUCCUCCUCCUCCUCCAGCUACUCUGGCCAGCCCAACGGACGGGCCUGGCCCCGUGGGGAUGAGGCCCCCACAGCCCCUGAGGACGAAGCAGCCGGGGGUGAGGACGAGCCCCCCAGGUUGGGCGAGCUCAAGGCUGAGGGUGGUGUCCCCGAGUCAGGCAGCAGUGGGCGGCUGGCCUAUUAUCCAGCAUACGUGCCCCGCACACUGAAGCCCACUGUGCCACCCCUGACCCCAGAGCAGUACGAGCUCUACAUGUACCGUGAGGUGGACACGCUGGAGCUGACGCGGCAGGUCAAGGAGAAGCUAGCCAAGAACGGAAUCUGCCAGAGGAUCUUUGGGGAGAAGGUGCUGGGCUUGUCACAGGGCAGCGUGAGUGACAUGCUGUCACGGCCGAAGCCGUGGAGCAAGCUGACGCAGAAGGGGCGGGAGCCCUUCAUCCGCAUGCAGCUGUGGCUCUCAGACCAGCUCGGCCAGGCCAUCGGCCAGCAGCCCAGCGCCUCCCAGGCCAGUCCCACUGAACCGAGGUCCUCACCAUCCCCACCGCCUAGCCCCACGGAACCCGAGAGGAGCUCCCAGGAGCCCUUGAGCCUGGCACUGGAGAGCAGCAAGGAGAACCAGCAGCCAGAGGGACGCUCCAGCUCCUCGCUAAGUGGGAAGAUGUACUUGGGCAGCCAGGCCACAGGGGGUAUCCAGGAGAUUGUGGCCAUGUCCCCCGAGCUGGACACGUACUCCAUCACCAAGAGGGUCAAAGAGGUUCUCACAGACAAUAACCUAGGGCAGCGGCUGUUUGGGGAGAGCAUCCUGGGCCUGACGCAGGGCUCUGUGUCUGACCUGCUGUCCCGGCCCAAACCCUGGCACAAGCUCAGCCUGAAGGGGCGGGAGCCCUUUGUGCGCAUGCAGCUGUGGCUCAAUGACCCCCAUAACGUGGAGAAGCUGAGGGACAUGAAGAAGCUGGAGAAGAAAGCCUACCUGAAGCGCAGGUACGGCCUUAUCAGCACUGGCUCCGACAAUGAGUCGCCAGCCACCGGCUCCGAGUGCCCCAGCCCCUGCCUGCAGCCCCAGGACCUGAGCCUCCUGCAAAUCAAGAAGCCCCGCGUGGUGCUGGCGCCGGAGGAAAAGGAGGCCCUGAGGAAGGCCUACCAGCUGGAGCCCUACCCCUCCCAGCAGACCAUCGAACUCCUCUCCUUUCAGCUCAACCUCAAGACCAACACCGUCAUCAACUGGUUCCACAACUACAGGUCCCGGAUGCGCCGAGAGAUGCUGGUGGAGGGGACCCAAGAUGAACCGGACCUCGACCCCAGUGGGGGUCCUGGCAUCUUUCCACCAGGCCACUCCCACUCAGACCCCACCCCACAGAGCCCCGACUCUGAAGCUGAGGACCAGAAACCGGCCGUGAAGGAACUGGAGCUUCGGGGGGGCCCCGAGGAGAGCAGCACACCCCUGGCCGCCCAGGACAAAGCCCGAGUGAGGAUUAAACAGGAGCAGCCCGAGGACAGUGCUGAGGAGGAGGUGGGCAGCCAGCUCCAGGGCUCAGGGGACCCAGACAAAGGCCACGGUUCUCCCAAAGAGAUGCAUCCCAACCCUCCGGAUAAUGAUGGACUCCCCAAAGUGGCCCCAGGGCCCGUUUUUCCAAGUGGGACCACCCCAGACUGCCCCUUGCUACAGCCCCCCCAGGAGAGCAGGGGUGGAGAGCGGCUACACCCGGACCCCCUAAGUUUUAAGUCGGCCUCAGAGUCCUCGCGCUGCAGCCUGGAGGUGUCACUGAACUCACCCUCGGCUGCCUCCUCACCGGGCCUCAUGAUGUCUGUGUCGCCUGUCCCCUCCUCCUCCGCUCCCAUCUCCCCGUCUCCACCUGGCGUACCCCUUGCCAAAGUGCCGAGUGCCAGCCCCACUGCCGACACAGCCGGGGCCUUGCACCCCAGCGCCAAGGUAAACCCCAACUUGCAGCGGCGGCACGAGAAGAUGGCGAACCUGAACAGCAUCAUCUACCGGCUAGAGAGGGCUGCCAACCGGGAGGAGGCUCUGGAGUGGGAGUUCUGAAGGCCAGGGCGAGGGGCGUGCCCAGGUGGCCUCACUGUCACUCCCUGUCCCAGACCGCAGGGCACCGGAGGGAGGAACGCAGCCACCGAAAUGUGGACAGCAGUGCUCCGCCGUUUACGUUGUUUGUUGUAAUCCUAGUUCUAGAAGGUGUGAGUGAGCAGGGGGCAGAGCCCCGCCUCCUGUUUCUGCCCCUGCCCCGGAGCGCCCUGCGCCCCACCCUGGCCCCUGCAGGAGGAGAAGCCCAGUGGCGCCACAUUUUCGCCUGGAAACUCCAAACUCUUUUAGAAAAAUAAAUAAAUAUUUAUAGACCUCUUUUAGAUAUUUUAAUAAAGGAUCCUUUGGAAUUUAUUCCCAGCCGAUGCUGUUUUGAUAUUACAGAGAGUUAUAAAAUCAGGAUGCUGUCACAACUGUUGCGAAGUAUACACUGAAGUUGUGUCGUUUUUGCCACUAGAUGAGAUUAAAAGAAGACAAUUGUUCAAAGCCAUCACAAAACGCUACGAGACUGACCAAAAUUUAGGUAACCUUUGAACUGCGGUUGUUUUCCACGUCUGUCUAUGAGACACAGCACAUUGCUACUGUCCUUCCAGAAUCCGUGCUCGAAAGAGAAAAGUCCAGAAGACUCUAAAUGAAAACCUCGAUGCCGCUGAGGACGUGUUUCGUUCUGGUGGUCUGUUCUGCGACCCGAGAACACAGAGUGUCCUGUGCCGUUGUACAUUGUGUAGAGAUGUGGGCUGCGGCCGACUCUCCUGUCUGAGAGGUAACGUGGUACAGAAUGAACUGCCUGCACUCCAGUCAGAACCCGUGGGCCGCAGAGGUCACUGCCCAGCUUGUCCGCCAGGUUGUGUCACCAGAUCCUUCAGAAAGCCAGGCCCGGAGGCAGGGGACUGCAGGGUGGCACUCGAGCCAGAGUGACCUCAUUCCCCGACCUGAGUCGGCCACAGAGCAGGAAGUUUUCCCAGCGGUUUCUCCGGAGCCAGACUGUGGCCGCCGUCUUCCCCUUUCUGUGUUUUAAGAAAACAACAGCAUCGGUCACCCCACAAAUGCCCAGCUCAGCACCCAGCGCCGAAAAGUAGAUUCAUCGCACCGGAGACCGCAGUUCCCCUUCUUGUUGCCGUUUCUCUGAGUGGACCCCGGCACUCCUCCUGGAGGGCGGCUGAGACUCCACAUCCACGCAGAACAAGCAAGAAGGUUGCGUUGGCCGCAGAUGACCACCACAGCCCU